AUGGAUAAUUAUAUAUAUAAUUAUAAUUACCAAAACUAAAUACUAGAGCAAAUUUUGUCUACAAACUUAAUUCAAAUGUUGAAUAAUCAUGAACAAUAGAGUUCAUAAAAUAAUGAAUCAAAUGCUAUGCUUUUUCAAUAUUUAGAAGAUAUUUUUUAAAUUGAGUAUUCUAAUAACAAAUUUAAUAUAAUCAAGUUUGAAUUCAAGUCAAACUAUGAAAAAAUUGAAAUUGGACAAAUCUGUUUAAUUAGCAAUAAUAAAGAAAUCACAUAGUACUAAUUUGAACCAAAAAAUUUUAAGUUCAAAUUCAAAAAUAACACUUUAGUGAUAGGUAUUAUGGAAAAUGAAAUCAUAUAUGAAAUAUAUUUUGGAAUAUGUACAUUUCCUAAUAUUCAGUUAUAUAAACUUACAGAAACUUAAUAAUCAAGUAAAAUAUGCUUUGUUUAAAAUUAAAUCAAAAUUGAAUACUAGCAGAUAGAAAUUCAUCCAACUAUUUUGAAUGUAGUAAUUAUUUUAUCAAUGUAAUAAACUGGAUAAUAAUUUUCAAUAUACUAAUUGUAAAAUUGUUAAAUUAUGAAUCUUUUCACUCUAAAAUCAGAAAAUAUGCUUCUUUGUGAAAUAAUCAAUUUUAAUAUUGAUUAUUUUAAUCAUAGUAAUAUAUAUUUUACAAAUAUUUUUGGUCAUCUUUUUUAAAUUAAUUUUUCAGAAAUACUUGAAACAAAUUAGAAAUUGGAUACUACAAUUAUAAAUUAGCAAUAUCUAUAUAAAAAACUUCAUAUAUUUCAUUACAAAAAUUAAUAAUUUCAAGUAUAUACUUAAUCAAUUAAUGAAAAGAAAAAAGGUGAUUGUAUUUAUUUUUAAAAAUUGCCUAAAAAUGAUAAUAUAUUUUUAUUCUUUUUUUAAACAUAAGAAAUUAUAGAAUUAGUCUUAAUAAAAUUCAAUUAAAGUAAAAGUAUUAUUUUAUUGAAUAAAUAAAUUACAAUAAUAUAGGAAUUUGAAAAUAAAUUAUAAAAAUAUAUAGAGAAAUCUUAAAAAACUGAUCUUGAUACUUAUAAAUUAUAAAAUUGUAUAAGUAAACAAAGAUAAUUGAUUGUUCCAAUCUAAAAGUAUCUUCAAAAUUAAUUAGAGAUAGACUACUUGUACUUUUAUUGCAAAUAAAUAUUAAUAUAAAUUAAAAUAACCGAAGAAGUUAGUGUUAGGACAAUGUCUUUUGAUGAUAAAGAAAUUGAUUUAGAUUCAAUGAUUUUUUCUAUCAAUUAAGCAAUUCCUUUAGAUUAUUGUUAUUUUCAUUUUCUUAUCUUGAAAAUUGAUAUUGAAGAUUAUAGUAUAUCUGAUUAUACAAAUAAAUAAAGUCAAUAUAUUUUAUUUAAAUAUCAGAUUCUAGAAGAACCUAUACUUUAUGAAAGAUCUAUGGAAAAUAGAUAUUAAUAUGAUACAUAUAAGAAAAAUAAGAUGACAAUUUAAUAUUUAAGAGAGAUGAUAGUCAAAUGUAUUAGAUAUUAUAAUAUAUAUAGAUAAAUAAGAGAUUACUUAAAUAUAAAGUGUUGAAAAGUUAGAUGAGAUAGAAGGAGAAUUAUAUCCAUAAAUUGCUGAUGAAUUAAAACCUAUAGAGGAAGUGCUUAGUGUAAAAAAGAGUGUGGGAAGUAAAAAAUAGAUAAAUGAACUUAUCUUUCAAAUAUAUCAAAACAAUAAUGAAAUUAUUAGAAUAUUAAAUUAAUUUGAUUAUUAGGCUAAUGUAAAGAAAUUUGAAUUGAGUUAAAUUAAAAUAACUCUAUUAUUUGAUUAGUAUUAGAUUCAAUAGAAUUAAUAUAAAAAAAUAAAAGAAUAACAAGAAUAAAGAAAAAAUAAAGAUGAAGCUAAUUUGAGAAAAUAAAUAAUAGACAAAAUACUAUCUAUGCAAUAUUAAUAGAAUUAAGAUAGUUUUAAUUGA